AUGCUCGGCGCAGCGUUCCUGUUGCACGGAAAUCAGCCACGCCGUGCAGUGCGAAGCGGUGAUAUCCGUGCCAGCGCCUCGGCUGCUGACCUCACCGCUGCGCUUCGCGAGAUUCCAAGCCGCGGGCUCGAUCAGCAUGAGGACGCGUACAGGCCGCCGGCGUACGUGGAGGGCAUGCUGGAGUUGAUCGAUACGCUCGCGUCGAUCGGCUGGCCCACCAAUCAGGCCGAGGACUGGAUGAUUGCGGACUGCUUCUUCUCGAGCACCUGGCGGCUCGCCUACACCUCCUCGAGGACGUUCGCGAGGUACCGUGGCCUCAGCGGCUGGGGCGGACGCAUCGACGGAGUCACAACACCGGAGCUGCGCAUGCGGGUCGCGCGGAGCCCGCAGUGCGUCACGUUUGAGGAGCCACUCUCCGAAUCGGCUGCCUUCGCCAUCGCCAGCGCGCUCGCCCUGCCCGCCGAUGAGGCGGCGCCGUCCGCGGUUCUGAUCGACGGGACGUGGCGCAUGGCGGCGAGCGAGGGGCUCAAUAUUCAAACGACAGCGAUCCGGCUCGGCUCGCGCAACUUUAAGCCGGCUGACGGCGCGGCCGACGGCAUGGUCGAUUUCGAGCACGAAAAGGCCGUGCGCGUGCUCGGGGCGACCACGCCGGUCUACCUCGACGCCGCGCUUCUAGUGCUGCGCGCACAGGCCGACGGUGUCGUGUUUGUAUGGGAGAGCCUGCCUUGAAGCUUAUCCAGCUCUCUCUCUUACGUGCGUCUUGGUCGAGCGCUGCUUUGUUUGUUAUCGCAUUCAGGC